AUUUGGGUUUGUGGUGUGGGUUUAUUAGGGAGUUUAUUGAGUGGAAUUGUGGGUGUUUCCAGCUAUAUUGCUCAGGUGUUAUUGACGGUUCUAAUUCGUUACUCAUGCAAGCCAGAAUAACUAAAGCAAUGGUAGCAGGAUACCUAGUAUACUAUUCAAACUCAUUUUAUAGACGACCUAAACACAUUUUCGUAUCCACAGAUCAGCGAGCUGCUUGGAAAUUGUUUUACGCACACUAAAUACCUGCACAUCGAUAUCGUAUCGUUAACGAAAAAAACAAGAUGAAUUCGUACACCGUACGUUCGUUAUCACAGACACACAUACGGAGCGUGGUUGCUACCGUACGCAGCUGCACGGAAUCGGCUUAUGUUGUGUCGAUGGGCAAAUAAAAUAGGCUCCAUAACGAUCCGCGCCAACCAGUGUUGUAGUGCAAUUCAGGCCGCCAAGAGACGAGUGACGAUACGAGGAACGAAUUCAGAGGCGAGAAAAAAGCUGUUUGAACACCGGAACAACCGAACGAACGAAAUGCGGUCCAUUAGUGCCGUCUGCCUGGCGCUGGUAGUGGUCAUCCUGAUGCUUGCAGUAGGCUCGUCACACGGUCACGGUCCCGGUAGUAGAGGCGGUGGACGAGGCGCCGAAAGGGAGCAUUGCAUGUGCGGCCGGAUAUAUAAGCCCGUCUGUGGUAGCGAUCUUAAGACGUACGCCAACCAGUGCCUGCUGGACUGCUACGCGGAGAUGGCAGAAGGGAAGCAGAUUGGCCUAACGUUCCUGCGCGAAGGACGGUGCAAAGAUGGCGAGAAGACAAAAAAGGGAGGUAAAUAGGGAGAACCGUUCAUGACCAGCAGUAGCAGCCGCUGGGUCAUUUGAAAAUUAGUUCUUAAGACGCGACAGUGUAAGUUUUCCAUCAUCGGGGUUUGAAUUGGUUCAAUAAAGUGCCUCAAGGCUACCGUGUA